ACAACAAUUUCUGAUCAUAAGUUUGACAGAGAACCAAGACCUGUUAUAUGUCAAGGGGCUUUCCUUGGAUCUCUUUAAUGUCAUGGGCAGUGUCAAAGAAUACCAGGAUGUGCCUGUGUAAGAAUAACAAAGUGUCUCUCUCAGGAUAGGCUGUGGAAGCACUUCCUCUCAGCUGUGUCCUGUAGACUACGUGGGUAAUUGAUGCCAAGAGGGAUACUCUCCUGGUCAUAUCAUGGUCUCAGUUACUUUGUACUUGAACACACGUGACUAGGGAUUCAAGAUGUUAAACAGUUUGGACUCAAGGACUUACCUGCCUCACAUCAUACAUUAGCUGAGAAGGUCCUCCAAUUCUUCUUGUUUAGGCCAGCUUUAGAAUUUCAGUGACAGAAGAAUGGCUGUAGGAGGUGUGGUCUAUAUUUAUGAUGGCAUAUGUCACCAUAUGUCUAUGAUGGUGGGGAACAGGGACUGAGCUGAGUUCAGCUUAAAGAUCGCUUUCUUGCUCUGUCAGGAGGUCACUGUAUCUGUAGACUGUUCAUCCUCAGACUUCUGUUUUAGAGUAAGCAUAGUUUUUCUUGACACUAUGUCCCCAUAUAUGCCUGUUUACUGGUGUUUAUCUACCUACAGAGUCUGAUCAGAAGGCAUCAUCCCAACCCUCCACGACACCUGUUGAGGAGGAGAGAAUGAAGCGUUUGGAGAACCUCAAAAUUGCCCUCCACAAGAUGCAAAAGGAGAGAGAUGAACUCAGGAGAAUCCUGGCGGAUUACCCUGGAAAGAAUUUAAAUGACAGGAACAAGUUUGAGUCCGAGAUGCUCAUGAUGCAGCACGAGGAAGUGAUGACCGACAUGAAGAAAAUGAGCGAGCAGAUCAAUACCGCUUUGGUCAAAUGUAAAAACCUUACACUGGAAAAUGACUGGUACUGCCGCAGCUUCUGCCCCCUCCUAACUGAGUGUUUUGAGCUGAAGAACAAUGCCCAGAGAGCAUGGAAUGAGUACAAAGGGCUUCUAAGGGAUCAGAUUGCACUGGAAGAAUCCACUAAGGAAACAACAAGGUUCUGUGGGGAAGCCAGUAUGAAAAUCCAUGUAACAAGCAGCCUCAGGUCUGAACACUCCAGCAGAUGCUUGCCCAUGGCCCAGACCAGGACUACAGCUCUCAGAGACAGACCUGUCCACCAGGAGCACUGAGGGAGCAAAGAUUGACAACUCCUCCCGCAUCUCAGUCCUUGUAACCGUUCCAAUCUUGGGCUGCAUUUGAAAGACCUUGAGAUGUGGCAUGGAACACGCCUCACGUUUAACCCUUUGAUGACUUGUCCAUCAACAACCAACCACCCCAAAUGAGGCGUCUAUAUUCCUCUUGAAGAGAUUUUACCAUCUUCCCUGCCGUUCUGCUGUGUUUGCAAGGCCAGCAACAGGCUGGAGUUAUAUGUUGAAAAAUCAGCAGGAAUUGAAUGCUGACUAAUUUACUUGUUAUAUUUGGUUUUUAGUUUGAAGUUUGGUUGUUUUAUGCGUUUGGUUUUAUUUGUUUAAGUUUGAAGUUUUGUUAUUCAUUUGUUAACUUUAGUGUAUUUAAUUAAUAUUAAUUAAUCAAUAUUCCUAAGGCUACAUACAUUGAACUCAUUGACUCCCCAAUUUAAAAUGUUCUUGAAUAAAUUAAUGUUUGUCUAUAAAUAAAAAUGUGACCUUUAACCCUUCACUCACAAGACCGUCCUUAGACGUGUGUGGUUCUUCCUCCUGUAACAGCCCAAGUGUAAGGCAACAGUGGUUUUCUGCAAGUCUCAUGCAGCGUAGGCUUCAUCAUCAGUUCACAGCCAGCCAGAGCUGUGCAGGAAACUGUGCUCUUGAUGUAGACAGUGUGUCAUACUCUGUGGAACCCCCCUUCAUGAUGAAAAAUAUCCUUGCUUUAUCCUUGUGCUCACAAAUUUAGCUUCCUUCAUAAUGACAAACAAAGGAGAAACACAGAAGUAUUUCUCUAAUACAUUAGAGGAAAUACAAACAUUCAGUACGGGAAUAUAAAAUGUUCAGGGCACACAGAGUUUGAUGCCUGUGGAUUCCUUGAAAUAUAGCAUCAACUAUGACUGAACAUUUAAUGAAUUCCACCAAUUGUAGAGGAAUGAGCAUUUUUACUAUUUUUGUUGUUGGUUUGUUUCUUUUAUUGAUAAUGAUGUUUUGCUGAGUUCAUUUUGAUAUAUAUCAUAGCUUCUUUUGGGCAGAGGUCUUACAGUUUUGAAUUAUUUCUUUUUUUGCAAUUUGUAGUGGAUAUUUUUAUCUAUAUUUCAAAUAUUCUGUCCCUUUCCAGUUUCAUCCCAUACAAUCUUUAUUCUCUCCCCAGAAUGCCUACCUCUAUGUGGGUGCUACCCCACAUGCCUGUCAUCUCCCUCCCACCUCCCCAUAUUCGUUUUCAUGCAAUUCUGCCAGCGGCCAGCAGAGGGCAGUGGAUUUCACUGGGAUGUGAUGUGACAGAGAAUUGUUAAUUGCCCCUUAGGUCCUCUGGGAUUCAAAUUCUCAAACAGAUGAGCCAUGUCUCCAGUCCCUGGCCUGGACUUUUGUAAUGAAUUCUAUUAUUUACAACUUGUCUGCCAAUUCUGUGAGUUCAUUGAGAGAGCAUUUUCUAAUUUGUCAUUAAUGAUUUUUUUUAAAUGGCCAUUUACAGAAAUUGUUAAACAUUAUUUCCUUGUGCACAUUCAUUAAUGGGCUUAUAUUUGAAACAGAUUUGAAAAACUAAAACACUAUAUUUAAAAAAACGUAAUUCAAAUGGGCUAUAUACAUAAGCAUAAUACAGUUGAAGAAACUUAAAUGACUUAGAAACUCAUAUUAAAUAUUUAUUAUCCUUGGACACUACAGUAAUGCCAAUCAAAAUUAUUCUGAGAUAUUUUUUCAUACCUUUCAUAACUUAGUUUAGUAACACAUAAGAGAAUUCACUCCUACUGGCUUAUGGAGCAAGGGGAACAUUGAGAUUCUCCUGGUGGCAAUGCAAAUUUCUGUAGCAACUUUGGAAACCAGUAUGCUGUUUCUUCAGGAAGGUGGUAAUGGGUAAACCUCAAGAUACAACACCAAGGCAUAUAUCCUAAUGUUGACUCAUCCUAGUAUAGACACCCUUUCUCCACCAUGUUCAGUGAAGCUCUCUUAGAAUAUUCAGAAUUUGGAAAUAUCCAAGUGGUCCCUUAUGAGAUGAGUGCAUAAAGAAAGCAUGGUGCAUUUCCAGACAGGAUUGCUGAUCAAUAACUACAAAAGGACAAGGGAAAGCAUGUAAUUUUCAGGACAAUGAAUGGGUCGUGUAAAAUCAUCCUGCAUGACGUGAUCCAGAUCAAUGAGGACAAAUGGGAUACAUAUUCACUGUAAUCUGAAUGUUAAUUGUUUGACCUGUGUAACUGUAUGAUCAGUUUAGUGUAAGGGUCAAGGGACGUGGGCCAGAAUGUCCCCAUUUUCGGUGCUG